CCCAUUAACCAUCAACUCAUCAAGCAUCUACUCAACCAUCUCAUCAACCAUCUUCUUCAUCUUGCCAACCCGCAGCUAGCUACGCAGGCCGAGCCAGCACCUUCCCUCUCAUCUACAACAUUUACAUAAUUACAUUAUCCUCUCCCAAAUCUCCUACCUCAUCAUGUCUCGUCCCACUUCCUCCGCCUCCAACAAGUCCUUCCACUCGGCAAAAUCACACAACUCGGCCGGCUCCAAGAACUCGGCCACCUCCAAGACCUCGGCCGCCUCCAAGGUGUCCGACAGUUCGUACGCGUCCGCCUUCUCGGCGGAUUCCUACGUCGCAAAGCUCACGCCCGGGCUCGAUGACGCCUUCGAGGAGAUGAUCAAGGAGGUCGGAGACUUGGGCACCUCGCUCCAGCAGGAGCGGAAGGCGCAGUCCCACAUCUCGAAGCGUCGUGACCCGAACGAUCUUCAGAAACGGACCUGGACCGAUGCGAUGCAGAAGGAGUACAAGGCGUACAAGGACGCGGUCGACCGGCUCGGGGAGGCCAAGGCCAAGCACGAAGCCUCCACGAAAGCCGCCAAGGCGAGCGUCAAGAAGCCGGCAGCGGAGCAGGAAGCCGCUCGCCUCAAGGCCCUAGAAGACGACAGAGCCUGGCUCGACCGUGCGGUUGACGCUACGACGGCUCGGCUCGGCUUCAUGCAGAAGUACCCGGACGCUUUCAACACGCCGAUCCAUAAAACUCACCUCAUCGCGGCUCAAGACAAUAUGAACUCGGCAAAACAGGCCCUCAGGGAGAUCAACACCCAGGAAACCAAAAUCAGCGAUAUUCACAAGAUUGAGGCUGCAAAGGCUGCGAGGGCUGGGAAGGGUAAGGAGGCUUCUUCGAAGGGUAAGGGGAGGGCGAAGUAGGCUGUAAUUCCCCUACGAGUGUAGGAACUGUAAUGGGGGGGGGGGUUAUCUGCCAGUGCUGGUCACCAAGGGCAGGUUGCGUUGCGAAGCAAUGGAAGGGUUGAAUAUUAGAUUUAAAAGUCACCAAGGACUUGGGUGUCGAAAUCAUUAUUAGCCGGUCUAAGCGGAUUUGUAUUGUCA